AUGGCAUUUAGUGAACUCCUGCAACAUGUAGGUGACUGUGGGAGGUUUCAGAUUUUGAAUAUUGUCCUCUGUGUAUUGGUAAAUCUCUUGACACCCUCUAAUGAGCUCAUUGAGAACUUUUCAGCAGCCAUUCCUGCUCACCGCUGCUAUGUCCAGCUCAUUGACAACUCCACCUUUAAAGCCAGCAUCGCAAUGAACCUGUCAGCGGAAGCCCUGCUGAGGGUCUCCAUUCCAAUGGACCCAAACCAGAAGCCAGAACAGUGCCGUCGGUUCCGCCAGACACACUGGGAGCUCCUAGAUGCCAAUGUGUCAGUGAUGAGUGACGCUAAGCUGGAGACAGAGACCUGCCUGGAUGGGUGGGUUUAUGACCAGAGUGUUUUCACUUCCUCCAUCAUUACUGAGUGGGACUUAGUGUGUGAUUUGAAGUCACUGAAACUCAUUGUUCAGUCCAUCUUCAUGACAGGGUUUCUUGUAGGUGUUCUUCUUUGUGGUGUCCUUUCUGACAGUUGGAUCUCAGAGUCUGUCCCCUGGCUCAUUUUAACUGGAAAAACAGAACAGGCGUUAAAAGAACUCCGCAGAAUUGCCUUUAUCAAUGGAAAAAAAGAUGUUGCACAAAGUCUGACAGCUGAGACUGGUGGCAGAUUUUCAACCUUUUUGGGCAAUUACGGCCUCCUGCUGGAUGUUCAGAAUUUGGGGAUGGAUAUGUUUCUGACGCAGUUUCUACUAGGAGCAGUAGACCUGCCCAACAAAUGCCUUACAUUUUAUAUACUAAGACGUAUCAAGCGUCGUCCUUCAUUAGCGCUUUUCCUCCUUCUGUCUGGAAGCAUCCUUAUAGCCAGUGUGUUUGUGUCCAAAGAGAUGCCCAUUUUGCGCCUUAUUAUUUUUCUCCUGGGGAAAUCAUCCUUUUCAACCUUCAACAUGAUAAUUUUAGCCUUCAUAAAUGAACUCUCACCAACACCACUCAGGACAACUCUAACUGGCAUUUAUGGAUCUGUUACCAGACUAGCAGCAGCAUUAUCUGCUCUAGUCCUUUUAACUAGAAGAUAUUUCGUACAUUUGCCCAUGAUUCUUUAUGGAUUUGCCCCCAUAAUAGCCCUUAUAUGCAUUUACAUUCUGCCUGAGACCUUUAAUCUUCCACUUCCUGAUACCAUCAUGGACUUGGAGAAGAGGUUUAUGAAGAAGGGAACCAGAAAAGAAAAGGCAAAGAUCUCUUGGAAACGACUGGCAGCUAAGGAGACCCAAUAUGCUCACAGAAUGGAAGAAUUAGGCAUAACUUCCCAUAAUGCCAAAUAACACAAUUUCAAGGACCUUUGAUAAAU